CGACUAGGCAGAUUCCGAGUCUACUGAGUUUAUACGGUAAUGCUCAGAUGAGAGCCCUGACACAUAUAGUAUCGGAAUAUCAACGCCAUGGUAAAUGUGAUUACGAGGCUCAAUGGGUCUCAAACCUGCUCGUUCACUGAUUACACAAGUGUGAUUGUGAUUGAGAGAAUGACAACUACAUCGGUGGUCUUCAAUCACUAUUUAAAGACUCUUUUUCCCCUCGAAAUCACAUUGUCUGACAUCGGUAUCAUUCUAACUAUACUCUUCUAUCUUCCUGCCUUUCUACUUUGACAAACUAUUUAUCCAAAAACUCACCUCCUCCUACCUCAUCAUGGAUUCAUUCAACUCCAAGAUUGAGUCUGCAACUUCUGCAGGCAAAAUCCCAGGUGCCGUCACGGUUGCCAGCAAUGCUACGAAAUCAUUCACUCACUGCUCAGCUUACGGACUCCGUUCUCUCCACCCCAGCUCAUCUACACCCUUGAAAACAGAUGUUAUCCUCGCGAUUGCCUCCUGCACCAAACUUCUAACCUCAAUUUCCGCUCUCCAAUGUGUUGAGCGCGGCCAAUUUACACUCGAUGAGGACGUCUCCCGCCUUCUUCCCGAACUCAAACUCGAGGAUCUUGAUAUCCUCCAGGGUUUCGAUUCGGAGGGAAAGCCCAAACUUAUCAAAGCCACGAAAAACAUCACGCUUCGUAUGCUUCUCACCCAUACAUCCGGGCUAGCAUAUGAUGUCUUCACACCUGACCUGGUUCGCUGGAGAGCUACACGAGGCGAAGUUGCCACGAUUGACAAAGGAACUUUGAUAUCGCGUUACAAAACCCCAUUGACAUUUGAACCCGGGACUUCUUGGGUCUAUUCUAGCGGACUUGACUGGGCCGGUCUAAUGAUUUCCCGAGCCAACAACAUGAGAUUGGAAGAAUACAUGCGUAGACACAUAUGCGCACCCCUCGGCAUCACAGAUUUCACAUUCCAUAUCAACCGACAUCCUGCUUUACUUUCACGCUUUGUUGAUAUGACUGCUCGCGUCGGAGACAAGACUCCCUUCGGUACGACUGCUAAUCCUACUGGAGCGCUCGUCUACUCCGAAGAAACUUUUUGGUCACCAGAGCAAGUCGACGACGCAGGUGGAGUGGGGGUUCAAAUUAGUAUGCCCUCUUACCAAAGAGUCUUGCAUAGCAUCACAAUUUCAGAUGAGAAACUUCUCAGUAAAGCGAUGAAUGACAAGUUGUUUGAAGCGCAACUGACAGAGCAACAAUUGGCAAGUGUAAAUCAAACAUGCCAGAUUCCGGAAAUGCGCUUUUUAACGGCCCCCUCACUUCCAGCCGGUACGAAAAUCGAUCAUGGCUUAGGAGGAAUGAUACUUUUGGAGGAUUUGGAAGGCAGGAGAAGAAAAGGGACAAUGUAUUGGAGCGGAUUAGCAAAUUUGUUUUGGUGGGCAGAUCGAGAAGCAGGUAUUAGUGGGAUUUAUGGCAGUCAGUUGUUGCCUACUGGGGAUAAACAGAUCGUAGAGAUGUUUGAAGAGUUUGAGAAGGCUGUUUAUGCAGAGGUGGGGGCUUGAUGGAAUAGUAGACGUUGGGGAUUGGUGUACAUUUUUUAUAUAGACGAAUGACUUGAAAUUGUACUUUCAGAAGCGAACUAUGGGUUUUUUA